UCUCUCUCUCUCUCUUCUCCUUUUUUUCUCUCUCUCUCUCCCUCGCGCUCUCCUCCGUCUGUGUGUCUGUUUGUCUAUAUACAACACCUGUCUGUCUCUCUCUUUAACCCCGUCUCUCUGUCUUUGGCCAUUGCGCGCGGAGUGCACUGUACAGCCACGCAGUGUGUGUGUGUGUUGUUUGCUACUACUACAAUUACCUACCUAUCCUAUACAUAUAAUAUAUAUCGUCGACUACUAUACCGCUGCUGCUGCUGCUCUCGGGGACUUUCGAGAGAGGAGAGCUUUCGAGCGAGUUAGUGUGUGUAGUCCGUGUGUCCGUGUGCAACAGCGAUCACAUCGUGUCGUCGUCGUCGCGAGUCGGUGCUGUUGUUGUUUUGUUGUGCUGCUGCUGCGCGCGUAUUCUUACGACAUAUAUACACUUUCCGUGUGCCUCCCCACAUCAUCGUCAUGGGCACAUGCCACGAUAAAAAACGUUCGCGGAGGGCCAAACCAACGUCAGCGGCAGCAGCAGCAGCAGUUCAAUCGGACGAUUAAUAUUGCAACGAGAGCUUUAACCCACGCAGCUACGUGUCAUAAUAAAAGUUAUACACGAACGAUAGUAAUAAUAAUAAAAAAAAAAUCCCCGCGUUUGUGUGUAUAUACGUGGGUGCGCGUGUCUCUGUGUAAACAUGCUGUAAUAAUAAAUAUAAAAAAAAAAAACAACUCGGUGGUGUCUCCGAGUGAAACAGCCGAGACGAGAAAAGAAAGAGAAUCAUGUUGUCGUUGGUCGACAUCGGCGAGAGCUCGCGUCGCGGAGCAGCAGCAGCUCGUGCAAAACGACAUCGUCGACGAGUAGCCGCCAGCUCGCACGGAAUUCAUCAACACAGCAUCCUUUGGCCGAGGUACCUAUUGCUAUUACGAUCGGAGGAUUGGAAAAUUUCAGCGAACUGAGGGAGGCUGAACUUUCGACUGCUGUUUAACAACAACAACGACAGUAGAAUCAGAAACGGCGACGACGACCAGCAACAACAACAACUCCACCACGGCACUGACGAAGUUUGGUAUGCGCCAGCUGGUGGUGCUCGAGCCGGCGGGCAGUCUACUCGUUAUCCGCCGGCAGCAGCAGCAGCAUCAGCGCCCGACGACGCUCCUUAAUCCGGAAGCGAGCCUAGUAGACGCCGGCAGCAACGCCAUUAGCAGCAACAUCGUCGUAGGCAGCAAGCAAAAUAUCAGCGGCAGCCUCGAGCUCGGCGGUGGCAAUGGUUUCGCGGCGGCGACAGCCGACCACAACCAGAACCGCAUCGUCGUCGUAGCCACUGCUACCGCCGCUACCAACGUUGCUGCUGCCGCUGCUGCCGCCGCUCCCCGAUCGUCUUCUUCUUCUUCUGCCUUGAUACAGGCAAAACAAGCGGUGGAAUUAGAGAAGAGCAGCAACGGCGGAGUCGCUAACAGCAAUGUCGUCGUGUCUGCGGUCAACGUCUUGGCCACAAACGCCAAAGGAUCCAUUAGCAGUGUCGUCGUCGACGCGGCUACCAACACUACCACUAGCAGUAGUAGCAGUAGUAGCAGUAGCAACAACAACGUCAAGCAACGAAAUGGUAACGCCGCCGCUGGUGUCGUAGUCGUCGUCGGUGGCAAGGAUGACAUCGUCCUCGAUGGCGGCGAUGUCGCCCCUAACGUAAAAAACGGCAGCGGCUCGGCCGAGGUUAAACAUCAGGACUCGCUUGCGAGCAACGGCAGCAAGCAGUCGCUUCUCAUCGAUGGAGAUCCGAUCAAGCUGCCAGAAAAUUUGGAGACGCUGCCGCGUGCGGAGCAUUUUCCUACACAAAGGCAUCGAUGGAAUACCAAUGAGGAAAUCGCGGCGAUCCUGAUCAGCUUUCAGCGUCACGCGGAAUGGCAGAGUCGCGAGGUGAAGGUGCGGCCGCGCAGCGGCUCGAUGCUGCUCUACUCGCGAAAGAAGGUCCGCUAUCGACGAGACGGCUACUGCUGGAAGAAGCGCAAGGACGGCAAAACUACCAGAGAAGAUCACAUGAAGCUCAAGGUCCAAGGCGUGGAGUGCAUCUACGGCUGCUACGUGCACUCGGCCAUUCUGCCCACCUUCCAUCGUCGCUGCUACUGGCUGCUGCAGAAUCCGGACGUGGUGCUGGUGCACUACCUCAACGUGCCGUAUCCGGACGGCGACGCCAAACUGGCCGCGCUGCCGCCCUGUCUCGCGCUCCCCGCCGACAAGAAGGAGUGGACCCGGGACGAGCUCACCUGCCAGCUGAGGCCGAUGUUUCUCAGCGGCGCGGACGACGUCGCCGGCACCGAUGGAACCGGCGGUGCUACUAAUAAUAAUACGCACGGCGGCCUGCAGCAACCCGGUGGCGGCGCGCAUCAUCCCGUGGACAUGAUCGUGUCGCAGCUGCUCGACCGGCAGAGAGCUUCCAAUGCCGGUUCCAGCGCGGCCACCCAAUUGGCGCCCAGAAGACUCACCCCGGACAAUCAGGUCUCGUCGACGACCGGCGGUCAGCACCCGAGCUCGUCCGCGACGACGCCCCGAGUCUACUCGAGGCACUCGCACUCCGCGGCGAAUCAGCAGGCCGCCCCCCUGGUGCUGAGCCUGCAGCAGAUUCAAGGCGGCGGUGGUCUGCUCAUACUCAACAGUCAGCCGUAUCAUCAUCAACAGCAGCAGCAGCAGCAGCAACAGACGCAUCAGCCGCAGUCGCAGCAACAGUCGCCCACGUCCCAGACUCAGGCGCAGAGUCCGCUGGAGCUGCAUCAGGUGCAACAGCAAACGGAGCAACAACAGCAACACCAUCAGCAGCAGCAGCAUCAGCAACUCGUCGUGCGACAGACUUCGCUCGAUCACGAGCACCAGAAGCUGCACGACAUCGACUCCAAGGACAGCAGUAGUCACGGCAGAAGCGGCAUGCUGUCGGACUGCUCGGGUCAGCAGCAGCAGCAGCAAUCAGGCGGUGCUCCUCCCGCCACCUCCGGCGCGGGGGUCGUAGCGGACUUCGUGGAGACGCUGGACCUCAGCCAGGAGGACAUACAGCGCACCUUGUCGGCCAACAUGGUGCACCAUCAUCACUCGUCGCCGUCGCCGUCGCCGGCCGACAACAGCAUCAUCAAUCCGAUGGACUUCAUCGACUCGACCGACGACGUGCUGGUCAAUCUCGACGCCUUCGACAUGUUCAGCGAUCUGCCGGAGCUGCACGACUUCGACGCGGCGGCCGCCGCCGCAGCCGCAGCCGCCGCCACCGAGGCCGAAGCAGCGACGGCAGUAGCGGCGGCUGGCAACAAGACUGACAGCACAAACCAUCACCACAGCACCGUCCACAUAGCCGAGUACAGCCCGGAGUGGAGCUACACCGAGGGUGGCGUUAAGGUGCUGGUGGCGGGCCCGUGGACGGGCAACACGUCGCAGUCCUACUCGAUACUGUUCGACGGCGAGCCCGUGGAGGCGUGCCUGGUCCAGCCGGGCGUGCUGCGCUGCCGCUGCCCCGCGCACUCGGCGGGCGUCGCCUCGCUCCAGGUGGCCUGCGACGGCUACGUCGUCUCCGACAGCGUCGCCUUCGAGUACAGGCGCGCGCCCCAGAACGAGCCCAGCCCGGAGAAGGCCCUGCUCGACCGACUGGCGGACGUGGAGACGAGGCUGCAGGGCCCUGGUCCGCCCUCGCCCGCCGCCCAUCUCGAGGAGCGACUGGUGGCCUACUGCCAGGACGCGGUGAUCCGUCCGUGGCGCAACGGCGCCGAGCCCCUGCAGUCGGGCGGCCCGACGCUGCUGCACCUAGCCGCGGGUCUCGGCUACUCGAGGCUCGCCUGCGCCCUGCUGCACUGGCGCGCCGAGAACCCCAGCGGUGUGCUGGACGCCGAGGUCGACGCGCUGAGGCAGGACGCCGCGGGACUGACGCCCCUCGCCUGGGCCUGCGCAGCUGGACACGCCGAUACGGCCCGUAUACUCUACAGAUGGAACGCGAUGGGACUGCGAGUGAGGGACUGUCGGGGCAAGAGCGCGACCGAGUUGGCCGCGGAGAACGGCUACCACGCCAUCGCCGACGAGCUCGAUCGUUUGGAGGCGCACAGGCAGGACGAGAAGCUGUUCUUGAAGCCGGCCAGCCCGAGUCCGAGGAGACUGUCGCAAGAUAGCGGACUCGAUCUCGCCUAUUGUGGUUGUUCGUCGAUAUCUUUUUUGGACGAUAUGGAGCUGCUAGCGCGGAGUGAUAAAUCACCGUUGGCUCUCGCCCAUCGGGGGGAAGAGGACGCAAAAGUUCUGACCUUGGCCGAGAAGAUAAUCGCGGCUCUGCCGGACCGCAUCAAGAGGGAGCAGUGCGAGGUGGCGACGUCGUCACCGACCUCGCCACGAAUGUCCCUGUCUCCCCUCGAGGACGCUCUUAUGGAGCAAAUGCCCAUCGACGCGGGCGAGCUGUUCGACUCGUAUCGCGACUGCAGCGGCGGCGCCACCUCGGUCUCGGACGUGGACGCCGAGGCCAGUCCCUCGUCGCCGUCGAGCAGCUGCCUGACGCCGGACUCGCCCUCGCCGCCCCCGACCACCGACGACUUCUGCGACUUUCUCCAGCUGCAGCUGGACGGAGGCGGAGGCAGUAGUUCUAAUACUGGUUGCUCCGGUAGCAGCCAACAGCAGCAGAGCAGCUGCUCGACCGACAAGAUAAUCGGCAGCGCGGCCAUAGCCGCCACGAGCAAUUCGGAAGGAUCCGGAGGUGGCGGCGAGGCCGACCUCUCGCGACUGACGCUGUCGGAUCGGGAGCAGCGCGAGCUGUACCAGGCGGCGCGCAUGAUACAGAAGGCCUACAGGAGCUACAAGGGCAGACAGAGGCAGGAGGAGGCCGAGCGACACGCGGCCGUACUCAUACAGCAGUACUACAGGCGACACAAGCAGUUUGCCUAUCACACACAAGCGACAAAAGCCGCCAUGGUCAUACAGAGCAACUACAGGAAUUACCGCUCGCGUCCCGGAGUAGCCGCGAGCGCGCGACAGCAGGCCGUGCAGCAGCAGGCGGCCCACCAGGCGGCGCGCAAAAUUCAACAGUUCAUGCGGCAAUCAAAAAUUAAACUGCAGAGCGCCAGAGCCGUCGCAAGCGAGAGCGCGAGCCAACCGGCGGAGCCGGACACUUCCAGGGUGGCUGCUGUCCACCCAAGCUGGCGCUCAUCUAGCCCAGGUGUCGGUCUGGCAGUCGACCCGUGUCCCGAGAUGACCUACUAGUCGACUGUCAGUCGAGCCUACAGCAGCAGCUUACGCCUACGCAGCAUCAACAUCAACAUCAACAUCAGCACCUACGUCAUCAUCAACAGCAGCAGCAACAACAGCAGCAUCUGGUUCAUCAUCAUCAGCAAUCGAGCAUGUUCGAGCUGUCGCCGACUCUGCGCAGUCAGACUGCCGUUUGAAGCACGAAGAAGAAGAAGAAGAAGUGAAACGAAAACACCAAAGCCAAAAUAUAAGAAAAAACCAAAGAAUAAUCGAGAAAACGGUUAAUUACUUUUCGCAUCUCUUUAAUUAUUACGUAAGAAAAAAUAAAUAAAUAAAAUAAUACGAUUAUAAAUUUCUAUAGAUUCAUAUGAGAACAAAAAAAAAAUUAACAAUAACUCACACACACAAUUACGUAAUCGCUAGGGCAAUUUUCUACUUUGAAAUUUUUCGGAAAACUAAUUCACCGAAAAGAUAAAAAUAAAAAAAUUUCUUCCUUGACUAACUACUACUACUACUAAUACUACUACCUACAUACCCCCGCGUGACGUUGACGUACGUAGAUCAACAAAUCCCCUUCCAACUAUAGGCCUCGUAAACUUUUUAUCCCUUACUUAAUUAAAAUCUCUUUAUACUACCGUGUGCCGCGCUGAAAAGGAGCAAAUUUCGCUCUCUCUUUCGAUCUCGCUCUCCGCGAUAUAUAUAUAUUAUAUAUUACGAAAGGAACUUCGCUCGAGCCUCUCUCUCCGGAGUAAAAAAGCGAGAGUACGCGAGAAAAAAAAAUACACCUCUGCUUAGUGAAAAAAUUUUUUAUACUAACGCGAUCUGAAUAAAGUGCUAUACGUAAUUCGUUAUUAAUUACAAUUUCUCUCGUAAUAUAUAUAUGAAGAUAAGGUGCGGUGCACACGAGGAGCUCCGAGUAGUAGGGUAGGGUAGACGGGGGGGGUCACAUAAGAAAAGCUUUUCUUUAUGGUAUAUAUAUACCCGAUACGCUCGGUAAUGCGGCCGAUCGGAUAUAUAUACACGUAUAAAACACAAAAGCAGCGUAAUCGAGUACCUGAAAAAUUUAAAGCGGACCUGCCGAAAUAUAUUGUUAGCCGCCGCCGCCGCCGCCGCGUCGUAUGUAUAGCAGCAUUCCCGCGUGCGUAACGACACGUUAUAAUAUUAAUAAUCCAACUCUCUCUCUGCACCCGCGCGCUCCGACUCUCCGAGACACGUUCGUAAGAAUAAAAAAAAUAAUAAUAAUAAUGAAAUUCGCUUUUACUCCUAGGUAACGGUGAUCCUAUAACGAUUGCGUAGGUACCGUAGUUCGAGAUAUUAUAUAGACGACUUGGAUAGAUAAUUGAAAAAUGAUAAUAAGAACAACACAAGGACAACAACAAUUACUAUGUAACAACCACAAUAAUAAUUGAUAUACAAUAAUUCGAUAGGGUAGAGUAGAGUAAAUUUUAACCAUACCUUUUUCGCAGCAGUUUCGGAUGCGUUUUUUCCAAACAUUCGCUUUUCGCGGAAGCGCAACUACCACGACUAUCUCUGUCUCCGUCGCAGCCCAUUUUUAAAAUGAGAAAAAAUUUUAAUCGACGCGAAAUUGCGCGUCGGCAUUAUAUAUAAAUAUGUAUAAAAAUCAAAGUUGAAGACUGUAGAUGGCGAUUAAAAAAUCACCGACUCGAGCGCGCUCGUUUAUUUGCGGAUCGUUGAUCCGCGGUUAAAAUUUUACAAUAUAAUGCUAGAAGCAGCUCUGCGAUACAAAUCCACGUCUCUAGUAGAUAAAUAUUCGUUUUUUUUUUAUAUUUCGCUUGUACAUAUAAUGUUUAUUCGUCUGUUAAAACUUAAAAAAAAAGAAAAGCAAUUGUAAUAUAUAUACGGUAAAUCACUUGUUAACCGCGUUGGGUUUUUACUCUCAGCUCGCGUGUGUGCGCGCGCGAAAAGGUGUGCAGCGGCAGUCCCGAGUGCAAUAUAAAACCGUAGAGAUUAGUUUCUAAAUCAACCGUUAUCCGGUAUAAGGCGGCUGUAUUACGAGAGUCGAUUGUUGAGUCAUUCGAGAAUUAUAUGCGAAGUUCUUUGCCAAGGCGGAGGAAUCGAAACGUCACGAAAAAAAAAUACAAUAAAUAAAUAAAAUGAACGACGUUUUUUUAAAAAAAAUAAAAGUCCAGCUGCAGCGCGACGGCUUUGACUGACGUGUUCGAGGCGUGCUUAAUCGAGCAAAUAUAUACAACAUUACAUCAAGUAAUUUCAUUAUUAUCGUUAUCUAGCGGAUAUCAUCGUGUUCAUUAUCAUGUAGGCUUUUGUGCGUAACGCAUAUGAUCGGCUUGGAUAUAAAACCCGAUUACGUACGUAUAACGAAGAAGGGGGGAAAUGAAAAAAAUCUAAGGACGAUAAUUCAGUCGUAGUUCAAUUGUACGCGUCACAAUUACACUCACACAAACACAUACACACACAAACACAAUAUAAUAAAUGAAUAUUUUAAUCAUAAAAAAAACGUUGAAAAUCGAACUGACUUUUCUAGGAAGUUUUCCUCCAGAGGGCGAAAGUUGGUUCGAUCGACGCUAUUGUUUCUAUUUUUAUACGAAGACACGUUCAAUAUCGCAGGAUGACCAGCAGAGAGUCAGUUCGAACAAAAUCGUCCAUACAUAUAAACGUGAAUUUGUCUCGAUCGAAUAUAAUAACAAACCCAAUGCAAGCUCGAUACCGAUGACGAAUAGGUGCGUUGAAAGGCAAGUCCGCGACCUCGACGUAAUUCAGAAAAUUCAGAAGAAAUAUAUGUACGCGGCUGCCAUAUAAGUCGCUGGAAAUGGACUUUACACAUGCUCGGUUUAUAAGAUAGAAGAAGCGAACUCGGUCGCGAAGUCCAAGUAUCAGUUCUAUCCCGUAUAAAUUACGGCUUCGAAAUAAAAGGUAAUUGGUGCUACACACACACAGACACUUAUACACAUACACCAAUACGGUGCACUCUGCAACGCAAAUCGGUAAAUAAGUACAUACAUACCUUAUACCAAUCUUAGAUAGAUUGACUUUUUUUUUUGUAUAUUCCGGGGCAUCGCGCGUAUAAUACAUGUACGUACCACGAGAUAUCUCGGGCGCGAACAAAAGAAGACGAACGAGGUAAUAUAAAGUUCGCUCGAGAGGAGCCAAACAGAAAUAAGUUUCAAUAUUAUGGCCUUUUCCUCGUGCGCGAGAGCGAGAGAACAAACCGAUUCCGAAUGAUUUAAAUCGCGCCACAGUGUUUUAAAGCUCGCGUUCGUAUAAAGAUAUAAAAUUCGAACUCGCGCGCGCGCCGCAGCCAACGACGAAUCGAGAUUUCAUCGAUGCCCCGCGCAGCGCGUGAAGCUAAAUGUAACGAUUGGUGCAAUACAUACACAGACACCCACAGACACAUCUUUUUCGAAUUUUUUUUUCAAUUUGCCGAGCGCUUCGAAAUAUUUCCUCGGUGCGUUUGUGAUAUUUACACGGGAGAAAGGUAAUUAUAAUGGCGCGGCGCAAAGCACCAAUUAAUGUCGUAGACAAAAAAAAUAAAUAAUAAUAAUAACAAUGAUUCACUUUUAGGAUACUUUUUCACGUGAUACUAACACAUAUGUAUACAUUUGCUCUUUUGAAUAUUUGCGAAACGAGGCGCGUAGCGAAAAAAAUAAAUGAAUAAAAAAAUUAAAAUAUCCCAAGGCGGUAAAUAACCGCGCGCGGCGUGUACCGCGACGGUCUUUGAUAUAUCAUUACGAUAACGAGAAUAACUAGGAUUAUUUAAGGAUAAUCGAAAACCUUUCGAGAGGAGAGAAAAAUAAUUAAAAACUCGCAUCCAAGAGGCGAUUCAAGUAGUAUGAGUUUUACAGCUUCGGAAUUUUUCAUCAUCUAAAUACUCCAAGGGUUCAUUUGAAAGAAGAAAAAAAAAUAAUAAGAAUAUUAUAUAUAUAGCUAAAUCUCCAAUGAACUGCAUAAGAAUUCCAUAAAAAAUUUUUUCCAAUAUAAUUCUUAUAUAACCGAAUCUCUUUGAUCUUUUUCUUAAACAAUAGUUACUUAAAAUAAAAUUAUUACGAAUGAAGUAAUAUUAAACAUAGACAAUUGUGAAUAAAUAGCAAAGACUUUACAAAAACAUAUUUGUAAUGUGUUAUAGAGUAACGAGCUUUCAUAUUUCUAUAAGAAGUUUAAACAUACGAAUAGAACAAAUUUAUAAAUUCAUAGGAACGCGCAGCCUCGUCUGAAGCGAAGAUUCCAAGCUAUUCUAGAUAUUUUUGCAAUUGACAAAGAAUCUAUCUAUCUAUCUAUUAUAAAUACAGUGUAAAAAUAUGUAUGCGCAAGCGCGUAUAUGUGUGCGUGUACGAGCGUGUGUAUGCAUGAGAAAAAGCGCGCCUGAAGAGGUAUGCCUGGGAAGCGCAUACAUAUAUCAUUAGGAAAGACAAAUUUUUAAAUAAAUAUAUUAUUAUAUAUAGAUUCUUGAUAAAGAAACGAGGAGAAAAAUAGUUAAUGCAAUAGACUUUCGAUUUUUUCGAUAUCUUCUUCGAUUUUUCCCGCUUACAUACAAAAUGCUAGAAAAAUGAUAAAGAGAACGAAAAUAUCAACGAGGAAGGCCUUUUUCCAAUUAAAAUUAAAAAAAAAAUAAAUAAAAAUUAUUCAUUCACUAAAUACGUACACGAGCUAAGAUUGACAGGUGGAAAAGGGGGGUGGCUAAGAUUUUGUCAUUAGCGUAUAAAUAAUAAUAA